AUGUGCUUUGAUGGGAAUUCUAAAAUACCAUUUCCCGAUUUCGUUGAUUUAAUUUCUCGAGACGCUGAAGCGCUUCCAGGUCCAAUUGCAUUUGGCCAUAAGUAUAUGACUGGUGGUGCAGGAGAAGGUACACAACAACUUCGUCCUGAAUCCAACUUUGAAGAACGUGAACAGGUCAAAAGCGAUAACGUUUUACCGGCAUAUUGUGAUCCACCAAAUCCAUGUCCAGUAGGCUACAGUGGCGCAGAUGGUUGUCUGGAGGAAUUCGAUAAUACAGCUGAAUUCUCAAAAGCAUAUCAGGAGAGCCAGACUUGUGCAUGCGACCAUGAACAUAUGUUCAGUUGUCCAGGAAAAGGUUUUGAAGAUCUAGAGGAAAAUAUUCAAAAAAUGCUGGACCAAAAUGGAUUUCACAAGAAUCUAAUUGCCAAAAAAUUCCACGAAAAAAGAGAAAAUUUUAUGGAACCACGCCGGAAACGUUCACUGUAUUUUGACAUGAAUGGAAUGCAUAAGCUGGAGAAUCCAUAUCUUCGCGGAGAAGUUCUAAAGACAGUAUCCAAAAAAGAUGGACGAAAUAUCAGAUAA